AUGAGCUCUGCACCACCUUCAGAUGCCGUCAACGCCACUACUCCGAGCGCCAACGCUCGAGCAGCGACACACGACCAGGAGGAUCGUGCCAGCACGGCAUUGAGAGACCUUCCGCUCUCGGCAGUCGCAAUUCAUGUUCAGAGAGGCCAUCUUGGCUGUGCUGUCUUUGUAGAGGAGGAGCAGCAGCUCUUCCUCUGCGAGGAUCUGCCGUGCAACUUUUUCUCUCCUCAGCAGGUGAAUCCAGCUCCGCUGCAAAACGUAGACCAUAAUUCCGAACUGAUGAGGGAUGAUAUCGCUGCAAAGGCCACUGCGACAGUGCAUGGCUCCGCGGCAAGUGUCCUCGAAAGCUAUGAGGGCAGUGCUGUCGCAAUUUCAUCCCGACAUCAUCCUGGCAUCUUCGACCUGCCCGGCUCCCCUCCUAGCCGUUUUGCAGACUUUUUACGUGCUUCCGUUGAGGUUCGGCCGGCGCGUGACUUUCAGCUGGCUCUCGGUUUGGCUGGCAUCGCCGAGGUCACAGCUUGCACCGAUGCCUUGACUAUCGAUGGUGAAGGUCUUCUGCCGAGCGCGGUGCUCACAGACGCCAAAAUUUCCAGGUCCAAGGCCACGAUUUCGAUAUGCUCGGUGGGGCCCCUUCUAUCCGGCCUGCGCAAUCGCCUGGACGUCGGAAGGUCCCUAGUCCUCUCCGUUUUGUCGUUGGAUGAGUAUCUCUUUGUCGAUGAGAACACGCUCCGCAGCAUGAGCAUCUGCUCAAGCGACCCCCAUGCCUUUGUGCACGCAAAGGCUGGUAGAGAAGGCUUCACAGUGCUUGGUGAGCUGUACACUCCCUCGAUGCCCCUCCUUCAGAGGUGGAUCAUGCUUCCGCUCGCCAAUCGCGCAGAGAUCCAGCGAAGACACGACGCAGUGGAGCUUCUGGUGAGGCACGAGGCGUAUUCCGAGAUCAUCGAGAUUCGUUCCCGCCUUGCGGAGCUCGGAAAAAUCCCACAGAUCUGUCACCAGCUCAAUAAGGGUCUUGGCUCUGCUUCGCUUUGGGACAAGCUGCGAAAGACCUGCCACGCUAUUCUCCGCAUUCGGAUGGAGCUCAACACGCUUAAUCUGAGUUCCUCUGAACUCAUUCGCGAGAUAAAGGACCAGCUCCAAAGCAAAAACGAGGGCAAGAUCACCCUCCAACCUGGUGUCGACGCCCAUCUCGACGAGCUGAGGGAGCGCUCCGCGAACCUACCAUCUUUGCUCGAACGGGUAGCUUCUGAACUCAAGGGACAACCGGCAUUCCACUCGGUCACCAGGCAAGUCGAGUUCAAAUCCCUUUCUUGCGGCCUCGUUUUCGGCAUCCAUGUCGUCUACUUCCCCCAGAUAGGCUACCUGAUUGUGGUACCGCGGGGCGACACGAUCGGCACAGAAUACGAUGCUACACUCGAGCAUCAGUUUGCCAGCGAAGAGACCGUCUACCUCAAGAACAAUCUCAUGGCCGACAUGGAUCAAAACCUGGGAGAUGUUUCUUCUUUCAUCGUCGAUCGAGAGAUCGAGCUGCUCGACGGUCUCCACGCCGUCCUCGAUGACAGCAUCACGGACCUACUCGCUGCGCACACUGCCCUUUGUCAGCUAGACUGCCUUAUGGCGUUCGCAAGAGCAGCAACUCUCUAUGAAUUGCGCCGCCCGACUCUCGUAGAGGAGCAGGUGAUCAAGCUCAAGGGCAGCCGUCAUGCUCUGAAAGCUCUAUCGGAUGAAAGCUUCGUUCCAAACGACCUCGAGCUCCGAGGCGGCCGCGGAGUAGCGCAUGACCGCGACGAGGCCAGAGCCAGACCAAUAGAAGCUCGUGAUGGCUCGCACGAGGAUCGCGAAUCUCCCCUGAGUAUCGAGACUGCAUCUCUGCCACCUUCGCAAGCUUCUGCCAGUGCGGGAGACAAAUUCAGCGUCAUGGUUCUUACCGGAGCCUUCUUGAGCCAGUGCGGCUGUUUCGUCCCUGCUACCUACGCCGAGCUGGGCGUCUUUGACAAAAUCUUGACGCGAAUGAAGCAGGACGAGUCGCUAUCGAGCGAAGGAAGCUCGUUUACGCGGGAGCUGGGUCGCCUGCACCGAGCCAUGUCGAUGGCCACCGAGAAAAGCCUUGUCAUUCUGGACGAAGUGGGAAGAGAAUGUCGCAGCGAUGACGGAGCUGGACUCUUCAUCGCCACGAUCUACGACUUUCUGCAGCGCGGGUCAAAGUGUCCUAUCGUCAUAUCCGCGACUCAUCAUCUUCGCGCGAUCGAGAGACACUUUCCGGCGGACCUGCCGAUCGAGCGGGCACACAUGCAGACCAUACUGCUGCCGACGUUGGUCGAGGCGUUCAAGUCGCUCACGUAUCUGUACCGUUUGAGGCCUGGAUUCGCGGGGGCGUCGCACGCGUGCCACUGCGCACGUCUCUGCGGCGUGCCCGGGUCGGUCGUCGAGCUUGCGGAGCACAUCUGCCGCGUCGGCCUGCGCGCCUGGCACAAAUCAGAAGCCGAUCAGGACGAGGCAAUCGUGCGAAGGCUUCUGCAGCUAGACCUUGGGAACGACGAAGAUGAGCAGCAGCAACAACCUGCUAUGGAGGACAAUGAGGCAAUUCGACUGCUCGAGCUGGUCCUCCGGCCAGAGGAAGGCGCUGGCAGCACUCAGGGCUAA